GGAUCAGAACUCCACAAUUCCCGCAGACUAGUCAGACUCGUCCGGUGUUGCCUUUGCAGUAGACACAUCCUCAUCGGACUGGCGAGUUGAGAAAGAUCUCACGACAAUGAUGGAGCUAAUGACUGCUACCCCUUUCUAUCACAUCAAUGCAACAGAUGCCACUGGGAAAAAUGGCAGUUUGUAUGAAGAUGACGAGGAGUAUGACUAUAAGGACGAGCAUGCUGAGCUGAGACAGUCUCUCAACAUCAUGUCUCUCAUUGUUUACAGCCUGGCCUUUGUUCUUGGUGUACUCGGGAAUGGAGUGGUGAUCUGGGUGACCGGGUUUAAGAUGAAGAAAACAGUUAACACAAUUUGGUUCCUCAACCUUGCCAUUGCCGACUUCCUCUUCACAGCAUUCUUGCCCCUGAGUGUGACGUACACAGCUUCGAAUUUCCACUGGCCUUUCGGCAGGUUCAUGUGCAAACUGAACAGCACUAUAAGCUUUCUGAACAUAUUUGCCAGUGUCUACAUUCUGGUGGUGAUCAGUGUGGACAGAUGCGUGUCUGUGGUGUGGCCAGUCUGGGCCCAGAACCACCGAAGUGUACGCAAGGCGUCCUGUGUGAGUCUGGGUGUUUGGGUGCUGGCUCUGAUUCUCAGCGCUCCAUACUUCUUCUUCAGGGACACAGGGCCAUCAUAUAACAAUGAAGACAUCAUCAACUGCUUCAACAACUUUGCUUUUUCUGAUGAUUAUGAAACACCGUCUGUGAAUCACCUGCGUCAAUUUCGUCAUCAGGCCAUGACCAUUACUCGCUUCCUCCUGGGCUUUGUAGUCCCCUUCACUGUCAUUGUCUCCUGUUAUGCAAUCCAUCGUCUCAGAAGAAACCGCACCCUGGCCAGCAAUCAAGUCGCACUUUAA